AUGGCAUCCGCUUCAAAAUUCGGGUUCGAGCGAUCCUGGUUUCACCGAUUGGAUGGUUCUGGCCAUCUGCUAAAGCCCACAAUCCAACCGACUCCAGGAUUCUCAGCAACGGCUGAUGCGGAACGCUUGCAUCGGGCAAUGAAAGGAGCUGGUACGGACGAGGAAACACUGAUCAAUGUCCUAGCCAGACGCACCAAUCAUGAACGUCAGGAAAUUUGUCAGGCUUAUGAAAGUCUGUAUCAAAAGCCUCUUCGGGCCGCUCUAAAAGACGAUUGUUCCGGCCAGUUCAAAACGGUCUUGUGUGAAUUGGUCCACGACACUCCGUAUAUGCUUGCCAAAGCCUUGUACUAUGCCAUGAAAGGCCUCGGAACGAACGACCGCGUCCUGAUUGAGGUGCUCACCACUCUGUGGAACGAUGAGAUGCACGCUGUGUCCGAGGCGUACAAGAAAGUCUUGGAGAAAAAAGGCGAAGAUAUCGAUGGUCAACGAGAUGAUAUUCCCAUGAUCCAACUCAAGGCUGUGAAAGACAAGGGUGUAGAAAGCGUGACUAACAAUGAGCUAGCUGAGGCGGAUGCCAAGGAACUGUUAGCUGCCGGAGCCUCCCGAGUCGGAACGAAUGAGAAACGCAUCACCCGUGUUAUCUGUGGUCGCACUCCAUUCCAACUGAGAGCAGCGAACGAGGCGUACACCCGAUUAUUCGGAAAGUCGCUGAUUGAAGACAUGACCUCUGAGUUGUCCGGUGACUACCGACGACUGAUUCUGGCAGUAUUGCGUUAUGCAAUUGACCGGCCCAAAUUGAUUGCAGAAUGGUUGCAUGACACAAUGCACGGUCUCGGAACGAAAGACUACGCUCUGAUGCGUCUCAUUAUAACCCGAUCGGAGGUAAGUUCAUCAUCAAUGAGUAGUUGA